AUCUUAUAAUUCACUUUUUCUUAAGAUGUUUCAGCGAAAAAAGUAUAAAUAUUUGCAUUACUAUUUUUAACCAAUAUUAUAAAACAAUUUCUGAAUACUAACAUCCUAGCAUUCUAAAAGUAUUUAAAACUAUUAUUUUUUUAAAAAUAGGAAAACGGACGAUGUAUUACUAAGCUGGAAAACAUGGGGUUUCGAGUCGGACAAGGAUUGAUAGAAAGGUUUACAAAAGAUACUGCAAGGUUCAAGGAUGAGUUAGAUAUCAUGAAGUUCAUUUGUAAAGAUUUUUGGACUACGGUAUUCAAGAAACAAAUCGACAAUCUAAGGACAAAUCAUCAGGGCAUCUAUGUUCUUCAGGACAACAAAUUUCGCCUGCUUACUCAGAUGUCUGCUGGAAAACAGUAUUUAGAACAUGCAUCUAAGUAUUUAGCAUUUACAUGUGGCUUAAUCAGAGGUGGCUUAUCAAACUUGGGAAUAAAAAGUAUUGUAACAGCCGAAGUGUCUUCAAUGCCUGCUUGCAAAUUUCAGGUGAUGAUACAGAAGCUGUAGAACAUACUGAAAUGCAAGGCUUCAACAGUGUAAAGAGAUAAAUUAUUCAUGUAUAAAGUAUUUCAAGUAGUGAUGAUUUAAUUACAUUGUUUGAUGUUUGUACAGGAGUAAGCAUGUAUUUUUACCAGUUUACACAGAUCAGCUCAAAGGAGAUAAAGGGACAUUCUGCCAUGACAUACAUUUAACCAAAACUAUUCAAAAUGAAAACCUGAUUUCAGAAAACGAGACACCAAGAUGUAGGACUCUUAUUUUAAACCUUUUUAUUUGGUUAGAGUGUUAAUGUAUUUGGCUGUAGAUAGGCAAAGUUCAGGGUUUGUUGAAUUUGCUUGAGAGAAAAGUAUGUACCAACAGAAUAAUUUGUGAUAAAAAUGAACAAAUUUUGAUAAAGCAUGAAUGUUUUAUUUUAAAAAGCAAACAUACUAAAUUUUUUAUUUUACUGCUUAUAAUUUAUUAAGAAUUUUUACACCUGUAUAAGGAUUUUGUAUAUACAUUGUGUGUGUAUAUAUAUAAACACAUAUAUGACUGCCUAAAUUGUUUAGAAAUUUAAUUUUGUUUUAA